GGCGCCUCGCUGGUCGCGGGGUGGGCCAUGGAGACCGCGCGCAAGGCGCUGAUGGUGGGCAUCCUUCUGGGCGCGGGGGCUUGCGUGGGCUCCACGCUCUUCGUUCUUGUCACUCCGGGCGAGCAGCGGAAGCAGGCGAUGCUGAAGGAGAUGCCGGAGCAGGACGCGCGGCGCAGGGACGAGUCGACCAGGACCAAUCAGUUAGUGCUGGCCACUCUGCAGCAGGCGGCGGCCACGCAGGAGAACGUGGCCUGGAGGAAGAACUGGAUGGGGGGCGGCGGCGGCGGGAGAUCUGCGUGAGCCCUGAGCUGCCCGGAGGGCGCUGAGACCUCUGCUCCCGUGCAGAAGUGCGAGGCGGUCUUUUCUCCUGCGAGAGCCCAUCCGGGAGUCCGGACUCUGCUUGCCGCGCCCUGCCUCGCCGGGGCUGGGGUAGCUGCCGCUGAAUAAGCACCUUCCCCCCAAACCCUGCACUGACUGCGCCUAAAUGUCCACGUCUUGGACCUAGACAACGGAUGUGGCGAACUGCAGGAACUAAUAAAAAUGCCCUCUCAUCCGGAGAGUGAACCCUACGGUGGGACAUUUCUAAAUGCCUGCAGUUUUCCCGGGGUCGGUGCGGUGCUUGGGGAUGCCUGCGGCUACCACCCACCCUGCCCUCCACGAGAGGCUGAAGCCCACAGAGCCUUGUGGUCUGUAAGUUUGAGUGUACUUCCGGGGAUAACCGAGCGACAUUCUUGAAAUACAACUCCCCUGAAAAACCGUGUCACAGCAGGUGCCCACGGAGGACACCUUGGGUUCCUGUCCUUAAGUGAGGUUGGAGAGGGACUUUUGAGCACAGGCCAUGAUGCCAGCUGUGGCUUUUGUGUGUGUGUGAGCCCCUCGCCGGCGGCUGGGGAACCAACCGGCACUGCAGAGGCUGCGCGCAACCUCGCAGCCCAGCGCUCAACCGCUGCGCCACCAGGGGGGGGACCAGCUGUGGCUGUUUUUUAAUCACUUAUGAUUCAACAGGCUCAGAGAGGGGACUUGUUCUGAGGAGUGAAGGGAGGCAGCUUGGGGUCAGAUCUUGAUUCAACUGGUGUUCCAAGUCCUCUGAGCCUCAGUCCUGCUCUAUCAUAGGUGAGAAUUAGGCACGUAAGGCUCUGCACCAUCUGGCACUAAGCAGCAGCCUCUCAGUAAAUGUAAUGGGUUCUUUUCCCUCCAAGUUUUCACUCUUCCUUUCCACUCUGAAUUGUCGUUAAGUCUUGGAGAUGCUAUUGAGGGAGAUAAAGCUAUCAGCAGGGUUGCAGACCUGCCCCAAGUCAAUCAAUUCACCUCUUCCUCUCUUGUUAUAUUGUGAUUCCAAGCAAGACUGCAAUGGGCACAGGGGGACAAGGCCGCUGUUAUUAAAUGAAGCCAGAACACUGAGAUGGGAAACCAGGUAUGAACCAUGGGUGCUCUUGAAAACCCAAAAGCCAUGGGUGCUGGGUGAUGAAAUCAUGAUUUGAGCACAUUUGUUAUGUAUGAUCUUUACAGUCACAGUGACUCUCCGCACCUGGGAACAAAAGGAAAGAGGUCAGCAGCUGCUUGAGGGAAGACCAGGAGGAGGUGAUGGACAGUAGCCAGGAGCCCUACAGCCAGGCUCCUGUUUUCAUCUGAGCAAGUCAUAGGCUUUGGUGUCCCGGUCUCCAAAAUGGGGACAACUGCACUUGAACCUGGAUAUUAGUGCCUUCAUGUCAGCUAACACUCAAAGCACUUCAAACUGUGCGGUGCAUAUCAAGUGCUCAUACUGUUUAGUGCAGAACAGAGAAGUUGUAAAGGCCACCUUAAAGUCUCAAUGUUCAUGAAUGGCCACCACUAAAAAAAUCUUAGUAGCUAAUACUCUGGGGGCCUGUUAGGGGACAGGAACUGUGCUAAUUAAUAGCACAGCAUUCUGUGCCCCCACAACCCUGUCAACAGGUACUAUUAUCCUAUUUUACUGAAAAAGAAACUAAGCUUAAAGAAGUCAAGGCCACAGCUAGUCAGGAUUUGGGGUCCCUCUGAGAAAUACAAGGUGUAUCCAAUGUGGGGAUUACCCCCCCACACUCCCAACCUCCCAAGCAACUAAUCAGACCCAGAGAUGAGAAACUCUGAUGGAAAUUUAAGGAUAGAGUCAAAUUUAAAAACCUUCCCUUUAGCUUCUCUGCCUUAGUUUUGUCCCUCCUAGCCACUCAGGAAAGGAGUCAGGCACAUACAGAACUGAGAGGGUCUAUUUAUUAGGAAGGAGAUGUCAGUGCUUUAACAAAGAUGAAGAGGUCAGAGAGGGAUGGUGGAAAAAAGGCCUCUCAGCUGGGACAUUUCUUGGCCACAAUGAGGACAGCAGAAGGCACAAGUCCUGAAGACAGAAGAAAGCAGCUGUGAGCCAUAAACAUAUGUCCUUUUUUGCACACACCGGCCCCCCCUCCCCAUCCCGAUUCCUGACCUCACACCAUCUCCAUGAAGUCCCUUCUCUUAGUAACCCUUCUUUUCUCAGGCAUGUCCCUCUACCCCCAAGUUCUGUUUCCGGUCCCACACGUCAUACCCAGCUCCUGCAGAGGCCGCUCCAUGUCGGCCUCUGAGAAGGCCCGCCGGGGGAAGCCACUGAGCAACU